AUGCCCAGGUUUCAGGAGGCGGGCUCAUCUCAGGCUACGCCCCUCAGCAGCAGCAGCGAUUUGGUUGCUAAGCGAUACAUCAUCGUACAGAGUCUGGGACGAGGAAGUUUUGGAUCCGUUUAUCUGGUUCAGGAUACGAAGGAUCCAGAUGGAGACACACUGAAAGUGCUGAAGCAGAUUCCUGUGGGCGACCUUCGACCUGAUGAGACGGUUCGAGCCACACAGGAAGCUCAGCUGCUUUCCCAGCUGAACCACCCGUCCAUCCUCAGCUUCUACCAGAGCUUCUUAGACAGAGACGCCUUCUGCAUCAUCACAGAGUACUGCCAGGAUCGAGAUCUGGACUGGAAGCUGGAGGAGCUGAGCCGAGCUGGGAAGAGCCUGCCUGAAACCCAGGUCAUCGAUUGGCUCAUCCAGCUGCUGCUCGGCCUCCACUACAUGCAUGACAGGCGAAUCAUCCAUCGAGAUCUGAAGGCCAAGAACAUCUUCCUGAAACGAAAUCUCGUUAAAAUUGGUGACUUUGGUGUUUCCUGUCUGCUGAUGGGGUCAUGGGAUCUGGCCUCCACCUUUACGGGGACGCCAUACUACAUGAGUCCAGAGGUUCUGCAGCACCACGGCUACGACACCAAGUCUGACAUCUGGGCUCUGGGCUGCCUCCUCUAUCAGAUGUGCUGUCUGACUCAUGCCUUCCAGGCUUCCAACUUCCUGUCGGUGGUGUUGAAGAUCGUGGAGGGAGAAACACCGGCGCUGCCCUCUGGAUUCUCGGCAGAACUGAACUCUGUCAUGCAGAGGAUGUUACAGAAACAGCCGUCAUCCAGACCUUCAGCCGCUGAGCUGCUGAAAACCGGAUUCAUGGAGCAGAACAUGAAGAACAUGAAGGACAGAUUCAUCUUGUUUUCCUCUGAAGGUGAAAAAGAAGCUGAAGUCAUCGCCAAAAACAUGCAGAUGAAGGUCCACCUGCAGACGCUGAGGGAGAGGUCAGAGGUCGAGAAGAUGACGCCCAGAGAGAGGAUGAGGCUCCGGAAACUUGAAGCCGCAGACGAGAAGGCGAAGAGGCUGAGGAAACUGGCCGAAGAGAAAUAUGAAGAGAUUCACAGCAGGAGGACAGAACUGAGGAGACGACACUUUGAGAGAGUCAGCGUGGAUGUCCUGAAGGAGAGCUCAGAGGAACAGCCAAUCAGCACCCACGAUCAGGACUCACCUGGAGGGUCUCAGCCAAUCACGAAGCAGAAUGAGUCAGAAACCAAUGAGAUUCCAGAGGAUCCUCAGGCUGCUGAGGUUUAUUACAACCAGGACGACUUUGACUCGUGUUCAGAGGACGAGGAGGACACGUCUGUAGAGACACUUUACCUGUCUGACCCACAGGUCAGUGAACUGGAGGCCAUGAUGAAGCACAUGGAGAAAGUUCUGGAAGACGAGCCAAGCACUGAUACUGCAGAGUCCGACACCCCUCAGAGUCCAUGGGGACCCCGGGUGUUUAACAUCAGUCUAAUGGAGACCAGGAUCCAUCGUCUGAGAGAGUCACUGUGCAGUCGACUUGGCUCAGAUGUUUUCCAGAAGCUUUAUGAGAAUCUAAAGGAGGCCCAACGGCAGGAGCAGGAUGGAAGCAUCAGCCGGAGCCAGCAGCAGGACGGACAGGAGGACAGUCUGCAGGUGGAUCAGCUGCUGGUCUACGAAGAUGAGCUGCAGACACUCAGACGUUUACAGGACGAAAACACACCUGAACCCACAGCAUGUGUCUGAACACACUCCUGAACCCUCAGUGUAAAUGCAGAUGAAAAGUUCAACAGAAAAGAACUGAAGAAUCCAUGCACAUGUUAUUAGAAAGAACAUGUACAGCUCUGUGACUUUUUCUACUUUAAAGUUUUAUCAAUUUGAGUUAACCCUUUAACCCCUGAUGUGUCUGUGGUGAGUGUUCUGAAUGUAUGAUUUAUC